CGACCAGACGGCGACUCCGGGGGCGAAGCCCCGCCCCGUCCCCACUGCGGGAGCGGAGUGAGGAGACGAAGAGGAAGUCCCGCGGGCGCACUGACUAUACAAGCGAGGGACCUUGGUGUCAUGGCCGCCGACGGUGACGAUGGCGCAGUCUCAGCUCCAGCCGUCUCUGACGGUGGUGCCAGCCAAAGCACAAAAUCUGGAGAGGAGCUAGUAGUCCAGGUUCCCGUGGUGGAUGUGCAAAGUGACAACUUCAAGGAGAUGUGGCCAUCCCUCCUGCUGGCCAUAAAGACGGCUAGCUUUGUGGCUGUGGACACGGAACUGAGUGGGCUUGGGGACAGGAAGAGUUUGCUGAACCAGUGCAUCGAGGAACGUUACAAGGCCGUGUGUCAUGCUGCCAGGACCCGUUCUAUCCUCUCCCUGGGCCUCGCCUGCUUCAAGCAGCAGCCAGACAAGGGUGAACACUCAUACCUGGCCCAGGUGUUCAAUCUGACCCUGCUGUGCAUGGAAGAGUAUGUCAUAGAACCAAAGUCUGUGCAGUUCCUGGUACAGCAUGGCUUCAACUUCAACCGGCAGUACGCCCAGGGUAUCCCCUACCACAAGGGCAAUGACAAGGGUGAUGAGAGCCAGAGCCAAUCAGUGAGGACACUGUUCCUGGAGCUAAUCCGGGCCCGCCGGCCCCUGGUACUACACAACGGUCUUAUAGACUUGGUGUUCCUGUACCAGAACUUCUAUGCACACCUGCCUGAGAGCUUGGGAACCUUUACUGCUGACCUAUGUGAAAUGUUCCCAGCUGGCAUUUAUGACACCAAAUAUGCUGCUGAGUUUCACGCCCGCUUCGUGGCCUCCUACCUAGAAUAUGCCUUCCGGAAAUGUGAACGGGAAAAUGGGAAGCAGCGGGCAGCUGGCAGCCCACACCUCACCCUGGAGUUCUGCAGCUAUCCUUCUAGCAUGAGGGCCCAUAUUGACUACCGCUGCUGCAUGCCCCCUGCAACCUACCGUAUUCAUUCCACCAGCAUCUGUGACAACUUCUCGGCCUAUGGCUGGUGCCCCCUGGGACCACAGUGUCCUCGGUCCCAUGAUAUUGACCUUAUCAUUGACACUGAUGAAGCUGUGGUGGAGGACAAGAGGCGACGGCGACGACGUAGGGAGAAACGGCGGAGGUCUUUGUUGGGCCUGCCUGAGAAACAGACUUCUGGGGAAACUGAGGAUGGUCCUCCCACCAAGCAGGUCUGUAGGGUUGGCCUCAAGCCUGAGGAAACUGAGCAGGAGGCGGCUGAGGAUGAGACUGGGAACCAACCUGGCUCUGAGCAAGGUCACAAAAAUGACUUGGAGAUGGAGCAGAGAGCAGCAAGGCCUGACCCAGCUGACAUGGCCAGCUCGGAAGCUCCAGAGAGUCAAGUCAAUCCUAACCCAGUGCCUGGGGAUGGAUUGCAUCGGGCUGGUUUCGACGCCUUUAUGACAGGUUACGUGAUGGCCUACGUGGGAGUGGGCCAAGGACCCCAGCCCUGUAACUCUGAACCAUGGCUACCUGAAUGCCACAACAAGGUAUACCUGAGUGGCAAAGCUGUCCCCCUCACAGUGGCUAAGAGCCAGUUCUCCCGUUCUUCCAAAGCCCACAACCAGAAGAUGAAGCUGGCUUGGGGCAGCAGCUGACCCAACUUCUACCCAGCACUCAGGACCCAGGAAGAGAAGCUGAGGGUGGAACAGAGGGGUCUGGAUCCCUCUAGCCGGUGAGUGUCCUACUCCCAACUACUAGGGGGCGGGGACAGGGUCCUGGCAGAGAUACUGCUGCAUCACUCCUGGACCUUUGCCUUUACCCCAGAGAAUGAGGAACAAGGAUACAAGUAAGAAGGCUGACCAGCACCUGUAACACAGACUUUAUUCAUUUUUAAAUCUCAAAGUGUCCUGGGAAAGUUUAAAAAACAAAAAUCAACAGAAACAAGAUAUGAAAAUAUUUGACCAGCUUCAUCUUUGG